AUGUUAACACAGAACUAUACCGGAGAUGAAAAGCAGAAAACAUUUCACGAAUUCGAUUGUCCGGACGAAUUCACAGGAGAGGACUACAAGUAUCUCAUACUUCUCGCAGCGCUGAACAUUUUUCUGUCUUUUACUGCAUUUCUUGGGAACACUCUUAUUCUAGUUGCUCUUUGCAAGGAAUCUUCGCUUCAUCCGCCAUCCAAACUCCUGUAUCGUAACCUGGCGAUAACCGAUUUUUGUGUUGGUGUCAUCGUGGAGCCUGUGUCUGUUAUAUAUUGGACGUCUCUGGUGAUGGAACGGUGGAGUCUUUGUCGAAUCAUCUUGGCCAAAUUUGUUACAACUAGUAAUACUUUGUGUACAGUCUCUCUAUUAACAGUAGCUUCGAUAAGCGUGGACAGACUUCUUGCCCUAUCUCUGGGACUCAGAUAUAGACAAGUUGUAACUUUAAAGAGAACAUAUGUGGCUGUAUUCGCAUUUUGGGUUGUGUCUAUAGUCGGGGCAAUGAUGUAUUUUGUUAAUCCUCGCAUAAUUUUCUGGUAUAUCAAUAUCAUUGGAGUACUCUGCCUAACUACCUCAGUUUUCUCUUACACAAAAAUUUUCUUAAUUCUGCGUCAUAACCAUAUUCAUGCACUGGGUCACCUUUUUCAAGGACAGCCAAGUCAAGCAAUUUCAAUGAGCAUUACUCGGCACAGAAAGGCAGUGUCUAGUGCACUCUGGGUACAGAUAGCGUUAGCUGUUUGUUAUCUACCGUAUUGUAUCAUUGUAUUCUCAACGCCCCAAGGUGGUUUUCCAUUGUCUUUUUACCUUGCUAGGCAAUAUGCCUAUACUUUAAUUUACGUCAAUUCGUCAUUAAACCCGUUACUGUACUGCUGGAAGAUCAGAGAAAUCAGAGAAGCAGUCAAGGAUGCAUUAAGACAGUAA